UUAGUGACACUCUCAAAUGACACCUUCCACGUAGUUUUUGGUUAUUGGGGUUAUUUCUGAUUCGAAUUUUUAUUUUAAAAGAGAAAAAUGGUAACUGUAUUAAAUACAAUCGAUACGGGACAUGAAGAUAUGGUCCACGAUGCCGAAAUUGAUUACUACGGUUUACGCCUAGCGACGUGUUCAUCGGAUAACUCUGUUAAAGUGUACGAUAUAAAAAAUGGGGCUCACACGUUACUUGAGGAACUUAAAGGCCACUUUGGUCCUGUUUGGCAAGUAGCUUGGAGCCAUCCCAAGUAUGGAAAUUUAUUAGCAUCUUGUUCAUAUGACAGAAAGGUAAUUAUUUGGAAAGAAAUCCAAGGGAAAUGGACCAAAUAUCAUGAAUAUUCCGGUCAUGAUUCUAGUGUAAAUUCUGUACAAUUUGCUCCAUCUGAACAUGGUUUAAUUUUGGCCACUGGAAGUAGUGAUGGUUCAAUUUCAAUUUUAACUUAUCAAAAUGAUAGCGGUUGGGAUGCAAAGAAAAUACAAAAUGCCCAUGCUAUUGGAUGCAAUGCUGUUAGCUGGUGUCCUGCCAUAACUCCAGAAUCAGCAUUUCAUAGCAACCAACCUCAAACUCUUGUAAAACGAAUUGUUUCAGGUGGUUGUGAUAAUUUAGUUAAAAUCUGGCGCGAAGAUGGAGAUAGAUGGGUAGAGGAAAAUAAACUAGAAGUCCAUUCCGAUUGGGUUAGGGACGUUGCAUGGGCCCCUUCAGUAGCAAUGAACCGUCAUAUUAUUGCUAGCUGUUCCCAAGAUAGAAGAGUAGUCAUUUGGAGUAGCGAAGAUUGCCAGAGUUGGACACCAACAAUUUUACAUACAUUUGAUGAUGUUGUUUGGAAUGUUAGCUGGUCUUUAAAUGGUAAUAUUCUAGCUAUUUCCGGUGGAGAUAAUAAAAUUCAUUUAUGGAAGCAGAAUAUUGAAGGAGUUUGGCAAUGUAUUAGUGAUGUUAUUAAAGGACAAGGACAAACACCUGUAGAACAAAGAGCUUUGUAACAUUUAUAAUUUCUAUGUUUUAAGUAUGAUGUUUAAAUGUUCAGGUUUCUAUUUUGUAACUAAACACCAUGUCACAAAAAAAAACAGAAAAUGUUGAAAGAUAGUGAUCUGGUAAUAAAAAAUUGUAUUACUGA